AUGCUGCGCCACCUGUUACGCCAAGAGAACAACAAGCUCUUCGUUUUGGUCCUGCUCUACUGCGUCCUGGUCAGCCUCCUAAAGCUCUGCACCGCUCAGGCGGAUAACGCAGUGGCAGCCACUGAAAAUGAUAUCACGCAUUUGGGUGACGACUGCCAGGUGACGCCCGUCAUCCAUGUACUCCAGUAUCCCGGAUGUGUGCCCAAGCCGAUACCCUCAUUCGCAUGUGUGGGUCGCUGUGCCAGUUAUAUCCAGGUAUCUGGCAGUAAGAUCUGGCAGAUGGAGCGCUCCUGCAUGUGCUGCCAGGAGUCUGGGGAACGUGAGGCCGCCGUUUCGCUCUUCUGUCCCAAGGUAAAGCCUGGUGAGCGGAAGUUCAAGAAGGUGCUGACCAAGGCACCGCUGGAGUGCAUGUGCCGACCCUGCACCUCCAUCGAGGAGUCCGGGAUUAUUCCACAGGAAAUUGCCGGCUACUCGGACGAGGGUCCCCUCAACAAUCAUUUCCGGCGCAUUGCUCUGCAAUAG